CCGGAUGUGCGCGUGUGUGUGCUGGGUUGCGUCUGUUGGGUGGGGAGAAUAAGAUUGGGAGGAAACACACCCCACGUUUCUGUGUGACGGUCGUUCGUUCGCUUCGUCAUCUUGGCCCCACACACCAGCGAGUGAGUGUGAGUUUUUUGUCUACGAGACGGCAUUCCAUUCCAGGUUGCUUGGACGCUUCCAACUAAACCAUGAUACAGCGGCAAUCGACGAACGUGCAAAGUAAGCCGUGCUAAAAGAUCAAGCGUGCGAGCGAGAGAGGGAGUAUGAGAGUGAGAGCGAAAGAAAGAGAGAGGCGAUAUGCGGGACGUCGACGUUUGUGAUCACGCAUCGAACGACCGGCAUCACUCGCUGUUCACGUGAACAGUGGCUGCUCGUAAACACACUUACACACUCACACACUCGCACGAACGCCCUGGCACACAGCCAUCGUGGGGUUUGCGCUUCGUCAGUAAGUCCCCGGGCCCGGGUGUUUCCCUUGCGCUUUCGGAAGCAAAGCGCGGCAACUCGAAUGACAGCACCAUCCAACCAAUGAGAAACGGGGGCUCGGUCGGUCGGUCGGUUGUCGUCGUUCUCCACUGUUCGGUUUGUUGCCCCCCUCCCGCUUGUUGAGGGAGCAGAGAACGGGCGGGGACGUUAGCGAAUCGGAACCACCUUGCACACACAUCCCUCUCUCUCCCCUUGUACACUACCGGGGCCCCCUUCCCAACCCUUCUUAACAGAGACCGAUAUUCCAGUGCCCCAUAGCGCGACGGCAAGUGUUCACGUGAACAGCGGAUGACCAAAGCGGGGCACGCUCGGUGAGUUGCGUCGUCGGCAUCCAAGGCAGUUCAAGGUGACUGGCGAACGGCGACGCGUGACGUCAUUGCCCACUGCUGCUAUAUCGUCGAUUGCGUUGGCUGUUCAGCUCAUCACGCUCGCUCUCACUAUCUCGCUCUCUCGCGCGUUCGAACAUGUAACGGUGUGUGCGGGUGGUGACGACGACGACGACGCGCGUUCGCUAGCUGUCAUGAAUGGACAUGCCGCGGCCCUAUAGUUUGGUUACGUCCGGUUUCAUCGCUGCUCGGGUGGCGCAGGAAUGUGCGGGGACCGUUGUUUUUUGUUUGUGUGCCUCGCAGAUUGCCCUCUCGCUCGCUCUCCAGCAGCUUCUUGUUCCCGCUGCCCCGGGAGGUGUGUGUGUUUGACGUUUUGUCGAUCGAUUUGCCGCCGCUUGCCGCGUGUUUUUGUUUCGCGUAUCUUGUUCAAACAGGUUCGCUCGCCUGGUGUAACCAACCGUUGUGCGUGUGUGUGUGGUUUGCUGGUGUAUGGAGAGAGAGAGAGCGAGAUGCUGCUUUCCCAUCGGAAACAGUUUGCUAUAUUUGCUUCGCGAAGCGUCGAGUGUGUACCGGCUGAGAUUAGGCAAACACGAGCACGAGCUAAAUGGUGUGUCUCUUGAGGGCGCCUAUCCGAAGCCUGCAACGCUUUUGAUGGUGAAAUUCGCUGAUGGUGCUACUGCUGGUAAUCGGCAAUAGCAACGGUGGUCACGCCGGGACUACUGCGAUGAGUCACACCACGGUAAGGAGACGAUGAGGAAGCCGGUGACGAACAGCAGCAGCAGCAGCAGCAGUCACAGAGCUCGAUUCCUGCGGAGGAAAACGGUGAUAGCAACAGCACAAUAGGAAGUAACAACGGCAACAGUGGGAACAGUAACAGCAGUAGUAGCAGCAGCAGCAGCAGCAGCAAUCACAGCAGUCGAAGUAACAGCAGUGCCGAAAUGAACGGUGGCGGAAUGGAGCCCAGCAUCGACGCGAAGCUUGAGACGGAGGAAAUGAGCGAUAGAAGUCCACCGCGACCGGACGCGACACCUUCGCCAACGGUAGAACAUCCACCACCAUCGUCACAACCACCGGACGGAGAUCCGGCGGACAGGGGAGAACCCCCAGCGGACGAUGGGGAGCCAGUGGAGUUGGCGUUGCGCGAAAUUAAGCAAGAACCGAACGUGGAACAGGAAGCGAACGUCGGCAAAGAGCCCCGACCGGGCUCGACGUGUUCGUCCCAGGGACAGACGCCUUCGCCGACGCCCGUCCCGAUGCUGCGGCUCAAUGUGGCGCUUGCCGCCGAUCCGGCCGCAAACCCCGACGCAAAGGAUCUCAAGAACCUCAGCGAUGCUGAAGCGGCCCUCGAGGAGAAGCAAUCUCAUCAUCAUCUCCACCAUCACCAACAGCAACAACACGCACUCAACAUGGCCAUCGGUCCUCCGCCGGCACUGCAAUCGUUAGGCAGUACGCCGCCGGCCCUGCUCAGCCGCAAACCGGCCCCAUCGCUCAAGGGUCCCGAGUUGACGCUGCCGGUAGAACUGCCACCACGAUUGCCCAUGUACAUAUGUGGACCCUGCGGCAUACGCUUCUCGUCCGCCUCGACGCUGGAAGCACACCAAACGUACUACUGCUCGCACCGUAAGGAUGCGGACGAGGCAGGUGGUGGUGGAGGCGGUGGCGGUGGAGGACCCGGUGGAGGAACAGCCGCCAAUGCUGGGCCGGCCGGCGGAUCAUCCACCGGGAGUGCUGGCGGCGUAAAGAAUGCACAUCCCGGUGGCGAUGGAACGGGAGAACCGCCGGCAAAAGCCCUCAAAACUGGCAAACAGUACGCCUGCUCGCAGUGUUCGUACAGUGCGGACAAGAAGGUGUCGCUUAACCGGCACAUGCGCAUGCACCAAUCGUCUCCCUCGCCGUCACCGGUCGGUGCGAUCGUCAACGGGGACGAAGCGGUCGUCCUUGCCGGGCAUCAUCAUGUGCAGCAGCAACAGCAGCAGCAGCAACAGCAACUUCAGCUUAUCCAAGCGCAAGCGGUUGCCGCAGCUGCAGCCGUUUUGCAUCAACAGCAGCAGCAGCAGCAACAGCAGCAACAACAACAAGGACAACAAUCGCAAGGACCAGCACCUCAGGUCGACCGCUAUUGUUCCGAUUGUGAUAUACGAUUCUCCAGCACCAAGACAUAUCGGGCGCACAAGCAGCACUACUGCAGUUCGCGUCACCGCGAAGGGCAACAGUCGAACAACUCCACACCGAAGCCAUCGUCAGCGCCGAAGUCGGGUUCGCAGAGCCCUCCGGACGUGCCGAAAACGCCACCGGUGGCGGCCGCCAGCCAGCAACCGUUCCUGGCGCUGCCGACCAAUCCCAUCAUCGUGAUACCGUACUCGCUGAUCCGUGGUGCGAGCGUUAUUCCCGGUUUGCUCUCAUCUCUUGCGCCCGGUGUGGCCAAUCCCGAGUCAGCGUGUUUCAUCUUUCAAAACGGCAGUUUGCAACCGAUCGCCAUGUCGCUAGCAUCCCAGGUGCAGGCGGUAACGGCGGCGAUAGGGCCGAGCGGGUUCGAAGGACUGACGGGACACACUCAAACGCAGCGCCCUACACAAACUUCCGGUGCUAUUGGCUGCAAUCAGCAGCAGCAGCAGCAGACCCAUCAACAACAGCAACCUUCCCGUGGUCCCACCCCAAACAUAUCGAACAGCAGUGAUAAUAACAGCGUGCACAGUGGCUCCGGUGGAGCAUCAACGGGCGAGGUGCUGAAGGCCAUCAACAAGCGAGACAAUUCUGCCAAUAAAGAACAACCGACCGGAUCAACUCCGCUCGAUCUUUCGGUGCGGCGUCUUUCGCCCGGUGCCAUCGGUAGCUUAAGCCUUCGCGAACGAUCCCUCUCCCUGUCGUCGGCAGUGUCGGCCGAUCCGCGGCUCGAUUUCGACAGUCUCAUGGAGGGCAAGGAGAAUCUAUCCGUCAGCGGUGAUUCACUCACGCCGGAGCAGAUUGUGUGUGCACCGUCGUUGCCGGGCAGUCCACCGCUUACACCUUCCCCGAAGCGUCGCUCCAACAGUCCACGUGGCGGUGGUGGUGGUGGUGGUGGACCGGUAUCGAAUGCGGCCGCUGUAGCCGCAGCAGCCGCAGCAGCAGCAGCGGCGGCCGCUCAGCACGGUCUCGGUGGUCCCGUCGGUGGAUUGUCCAUUUCGCCGCUUACGCUGCAGCAGCAACUGAUGCGACCGCUGCUCCCAGCCGACAUUGCGCUCCGCCUAUCGGCCGUCGGUGAUCCGACAGUCAAUCUGAACCUCAACAUACUGCCCAACGCCCAUCCGCUGCUGACGAAGCAAGGCGUCGAGCUAGCGCUCCGGCUGUCGGGCUCGUCCGGUGCAUCGGCUGGCGAUGGGUUGGCAAAGCCACAGAUAUCUCCACUCCUUAACAACAUCUCUCCAACGGGAGCCGGCGGCGGCGGCGGCGGUGGACCACCGGGCGUUAAUAGCAGUGGUCCACCGGCGGGACCACCCGUUCUCGGUCCCGCAACGCCCCAAAUUUUCGUGAAGCAGGGCGAUUCCAAGUGCAAGGAGUGUAACAUUGUGUUCUGCAAGUACGAAAACUAUCUCGCACACAAGAAGCAUUACUGUUCCGCUCGGAACCAGGAGGACGGCGAGCUGCCCAAGGUUAGCCCACCGAUUUCUCCCCAAGCUUUGGCGGUUGGUGCGGCUUCCGGCGCUAGUCCGGCGAUUAGCGGCGGGUCGGUCGCGUACCAGCAGCUGAUCUGCGCUGCCUGCGGCAUUAAGUUUACCUCGUUAGAUAAUCUCAGCGCUCACCAAAUGUACUACUGUCCGAAGCGUAUUGACGCCACGCUACCAGUGAGCGCCACCCCGACUGCUGUAGUGACAACGCAACCGCACAAGGAACGGUGCUCCAAGUGUAAGAGUAUGCACGAACCGGGCCAACCGUGUACGGUCGCGGGACACGGUGCGUACAAGUGUCCCAUCUGUGAGGAGAUCAGCCCCAACUCGACGGAGGCGCGUCGGCACAUGGAUACGCACGGUGGCGUUAAGGCGUUUCGGUGCACGAUCUGCCGGUACAAGGGCAACACGCUUCGCGGCAUGCGCACCCACAUCCGCAUGCACUUCGACAAGAAAACGAGCGAGUUCAACGAGGAGAACUUCAUCACCUGCAUACUGGAAGAGGACGGCAUCGAGAUACCGCCGGCGGGAGCCCAAAAUGCGGCCGCCCUGGCUGCAGUCGCGGCCGCACAUGCGAUCGCCUCGCAAAAGUUCCCUCCGGCACAGGAUGCACCGGACCACGCCGGGGUACUGCCGCGCAUCUCACCACCCUCGGCAUCGUCGACCGGCAACGGGCAGCUGGUACGGCAUCAGUGUGACCUUUGUCCGUACAGCUCAAGCUAUCGGGUGAAUGUGGCCAAACAUAUCAAACACGUACACGGUCGGGAGCGAUCCUCGACCGGCCACUCGCCACUGAUCGGUGAGGGAGGAGAAUCUUUGCUGUACAAUGGGACGGUCGGUGGUGAGCCGGGCGGUGCCAUUACACGGCCACCGAUUGCCAGCACACCGGGACUUACUACCGUGGCCAAUAGUCAAGUCAUUAAAACGGAACCAAAGGACGACGUGAGCGGGGGCCCGCAGUCCACGGACCCGGCCACACCCGACAUCAACGUGGACAUCGUCAUGGAAGAACCGGCCAUCAAGAGCGAAGUGUUCGAUCCACACAUGCCCUCGCUCAACUCACCGAUUGCCAGUUCGCCCGCCGCAUCUCCGCUACCGGCGGCGGUGGCCACCAACCAGCAGAGCGUGAAAACGAAAUCUCAUCCGACGGCAGGCUCCCCGCCGGAGCACGGCAUCAAAACGCCUUCGCCACCGGUGGAUCCAACGUCCGGUGGAUCGCCAGCGGCCCAGGUGACGCUCCUGCCCGGCCCAAAGUACUGUGACACGUGUGACAUUACGUUCAACUACACCAACACUUACAUCGCGCACAAGAAGUUCUACUGCAAGGCGGCAAUAGCGGCAGCAGCAGCAGCAGCAGCAGCAUCGGUCGCAGCAGGAACUGCCACCGGCAUCUCACCGGCCGGAUCCAGUGUUGGUCGGCGCAGUGCGUCCGCAUCGCCCAGCCGGGCAGCGACGGGCGGUUCGACGAGUCCUGCCGUUACGGUGGCCGUUAAUCGUGCCACGGAAACGUCCGUCUAAGGUGGGGACGGACACGGACAGCAUACGAGCAUUAUCAUGUGUAUACGGUUAAAGUUUAGUCAGAGAGAGAGAGAGAAAGAGAGAGAGAGAGAGCGUGAGAGAUGGACGUUUCCUUCCCUUCGCUUAAAGUAGUUCCUUAAAGGAAGUAAACAUAUUUCCCAGGAAAUAAAAACAAUUUACAUACGAAUGUAUCCAUCUGCCAGCGAUCGAGAGGGUGCGAAAGAGAGAACACGCGUGGAAUCAACAAACCGGAAGAUUUGUUCUUCAAACUUUCCCAUGCUUUUUUGACGAGUUCCCAGACAAGGUAGAAUUUGUCCCACAGUUUUUUGACUGUUUUCGAACCAUUUUUAUAUCAAUCGAAGCAUUUUUUUUUCUGUGAGUAAAACAAAAUUUGUAAAACUUUAAAGAACAAUAUUUUUAGCAUAUUUUUAGCAACUCUUUUACAAUUAUAUGGAAGAUUUUUUAUGGAUAAAAUUUAUGUUCAAAUUCUGCUUUUUUUAAUAGACGUUUUGAAACGUAUUAUAACUCCUUUCGAGGUUAUAGGCAGGUCCAAAAUUACCUUUUAUCAAUCGCAAAAAAAAUGGCUGGAACAAGCAAAAAUCUGUGGGACGCAUCUAGAAAAUAUUUGCGAAUUCGUCAAUAAACGGGGGGGGGGAAAUUGUACACAAAAAAUCUGCAACCUUCUACAUUACUUACUAUGGAGCUGUUCGUAACAAAAAAAAAGCAGAUGCGGAUCGUAGUAUAUAAACCGGCCUGAGCGCCCAAAAGAUUUCUUCCCGUCAGCUGAUUGUUAGCCGCUGGGAGAUCCAAUAAAUGGGAGCCUCGUAUAAUAUCUCCUCUUUGCCCUGCAACUCCAAGGCCCAGAUGUGACAUGUUAGGGGCUCCUUCGAGAGACUUGAUUCGCCACAGCAAAUACAGGGUUUUUCAGUUGACAAGGCAAUAGCAUCCACUUUUAUGGCAGGCUUCUUAGAUGGAAUGGCAAACAAACCUAGUUGAUAUGGAAACGACUUUAAAUGACAGGGGAGCCAAAUAAAUUUUAUUGUGAGGUCCUCAGCUGAAAUUCUCAUAGUAGCCAUUGAUAUUAUACCCGACCUCCUAGCGUACGUGCAAGUACGUACAAUUCUAACGGCUACUAUGACAAUAUCGUCUGAGGACGUUUGAAUAAAUGGUAUUUGACUGUCCCCUGUCAUCUAGAGUCGUUUCCAUAUCAACUAGCUUUGUUUGUCAUUUCAUCUAUUGAUGCUAUUGCCUUAUCAACUGAAAACCCCUGUAAUAAGAAGGCUUACCUUACCUCUCAAUCGUGAAAAGCUCCCAAUGCUAAACGAUGUAAGAGUUGAGCUUUUAAGUUUAGUGUAGUCUUUUUCUAUGUUAGUAAUGGUAGGAAUAAUAUUAGUUCAAUUACCUUCUACACCUCUACUACCGUUGCGAGCCGUGUAGCGUGUUUAUACGUUAAAAGCCUGAGUUUACCAAAGUGUUUAUCGUUUUUUGUUCUUAGUUUUGUUUAUGAAUAUUGUUUUGUUUAGAAGACAAAGAAAAAGACUCUCAUCCAACACCACCACCAGAAGCGUGUACAGGAAAAAGGAUCGAUACCGUGUGAUCACAGCCAUUAAGGGUGGAGCAAGCAGGUAUUUUUAAGUGUAGUAGCUAUGUUAAAUGUAAAGCAACUCGCAACGGCGUACAGUGUCGGGCGGGUUUUGCAAGUGUAAAUUGUUCAAUGUAAUGUAACACAGUAAUAAAACAAACACAGAGAAGGCUGGCUUAAAAACCUGUACGUUAUCCAUCGUACGUAUACCAAUUUCUGCUCGCAAACGGUGAUCGUUAGAUGGAACAAGUCGACAUUAAUCCAUUCCACAUAAUCGCGUCGUGUAAGUGUUUUGGGGGUAGUAGUGUCGUUCUGAUCGUUGUGCUGUAGCUGUACUGUGCAUCUAAUCUCCGUUCUCCGCUCGUCGAUCGACGUAGGCUAAUGGAGUGAUCCUCCAGCCAGUCGAAACGAUCAGUAGUGUAGCGAUAACAAUCACGAUCGCCAUAGCAUAGUGUACAAUAAAGUGAAGCAUAAGCAGUCAUUUAAAUCGUGUGAAGGAUUAAAUUGGAGAAUAAUAAGCGAAAAAGAAAACCCCCCUGGGAGAAAGAAACGAAAUGGAACACCGGCACGCGAUAAAAUCAAUCAGAAGCCGUAAGAAGUAACAACUUACCCGACGACAAAGCAAAUGACAAUAAAUUAUUUAUUGAACUCCUAGGCGUUAGGGACGAGCCAGAUCAGCAUCCGCUAAUGCGUCACUGUCACUGUGAGUUGUGUGAAUAAAUAAGAAACACGCUAAUGCAAGUAACGUCUAAUUAAUAACAACACAAAAGCUAUUGGAAUAACACUAUCUAUAACUUCGAAGUACGCCAUGCAAUUAAGAAAGGAGGGGUAAAGAAAAGAAGAAUCGGAGCAAUCUGGUCGCAUCAUGAUAAGAAGGUAGUAACCGUUUUGCCCCAAAACCCAAUCCCCAAACUCAAACAAAACCCUCACUCUAAUACAGCACGCACCUAAAUGGGAAUUUAAACCAUUUUUCUCGGAGAUUCAAAUUUAAAAAAGGGAAACGGGAGUGAAAUGAACAAUAAAACUGAAUUCAAUUGCGUAAAAGAAAAAGCAAGCGUUAAGGUACGUGUGAUAAUUAACUGUA